AUGGAAGAUCAUAAUAGGCAAGAUAAAUCAGCAAGUUUAAGAGGAAAAAUCUCCUUCCGAAAUAUGGACAAUCUCAACAUUCAAAGAGUAUAUCUCACAUUCAAUCAAGAAUCAACUCUAUGGAAUAUAAAAAGGAGGGUAUCAUCACACAGAAAAAGGGGACCAGACGAAGCAGAAAAGAAUCAUGCUAAGAAGGGACGAAGAGGAAAUGAAUUAGAAGAGUUUGAGAAACUGGAAAGAAAUCUGUACCAGUAUCGAAGGUUGUUGGUCGUUCUUUGUCCGCCUUCAUCACCCGCGUGA